AUGAGAAGCAAAUACUGUUUGCUCACCACUUUGUUGCAGGGCCUAUCGUGCGUGUUAGUCCAAACGAAGUACACAUCCAAGAUCCAAGAUCCCACCUUCUACGAUACCCUGUAUGCGCAGUCUCGCCACUCGGACAAGCUGAAGCAUCUCGAGCACCGCUUCAACAAUGAGAUGUCCUCGUUUGCUACUGCUGAGCACAGUCUUCAUCGUCUGCGUCGUAGCGCGCUCAACCCCUUCUUCUCUAAACGUAAGAUUACUCAGUACUCGCCUCACGUCCAGAGUCAUAUGGAUCGUCUCUGCAAUCGCAUCGAUUCCGGAUUCGUCGCCAACGGGAAGACGAUGAAUCUGAAUAACAUGUGGGGUGCGUUCACCUCGGAUAUCGUGGUCGGAUAUUGUCUCGAGAAGCCGUAUGACUUCAUCCUGAACCCCGACUUUCGCGCUCGAUUCUCCGACGCCAUGGUUGAUCUUCUCGACCCUGUUCACUUCAUCACGCAAUUCCCAUGGAUGAUCAGAUCCCUGAAGCUGCUCCCAGACUGGCUCGUCGUGCUCCUGUCGCCGCCAAUGCGCUCUGUCAUGACCUUCAACAAAGAGAUGGAGACGCAAAUUCAGCACGCCAAAGCCGUACACGCCUCUGGAGAAAAGACAAUGGCCAUCCCAUCUCUUUUCACGGCUCUCCUCGAGUCCGAUCUCCCGCCUAGCGAACUCUCCACCAAACGCCUGCAGCACGAAGCCAUCUCCGUCAUCGGCGCAGGCAUCGAAACAACAAUGUACACGCUGUCGGCAUGCUCGUACCACCUUCUCGUCAAUCCCGUGACGCUGGCCAAUCUGUGCGCUGAACUCGAUGCAGCGAUUCCAGAGCCAAAUCACAUCCCGAAUCUCGACGCGUUGAUGCAGUUGCCGUACUUGACUGGCGUGGUCAACGAAGCUCUGAGAUUCGGCUACGGCACUCCUCAGCGCAUCCCUCGCCUCUCACCAACACCCAUGGUCUACCACACCCCCGAAGUAGACUACCAGCUCCCUGUAGGCACUAUCGUGAGCAUGGACCAUUACACCGCCUCUCAUGAUCCAAGCAUUUUCCCCAAUCCUUUCGCGUUCAUACCGGAGCGCUGGGCAAACGAUGCAAAGGCGCCAGAUGGAAAGGCGCUAACAAAGUACCUGAUUGCAUUUGGACGUGGAACGAGGAGCUGUGUGGGCAUGCAGCUUGCGUAUACGGAUUUGUACAUCGGCAUUGCGAGUUUCUUUCGGCGGUUUGAGUGCGCGCUGUUUGAGACUGGGCGCGACGCUGUUGAUCUGUAUCUUGAUAGCUUUGUUCCGCGCGCGAAGCCGGGGACGCAGGGAGUGAGGGUUGUUGUUCAGGGGAAGCGAUAG